AUGCCAAAGAUGAGAGCGACGUCAGCGUGCUUGGCGCUACUGGCGUUAAAUUAUGCUUUCCUGGUAGCCGGAGAUGAGACAAAAGGAGAAUCAGUUGAAAGCGCAAGCGUCUCGGCUAGUUCACAAGAAGAUGAGGAAGCUAAAGAAAUAUGGAUGCGAGCACCAGCAGGAGGAAUUUCUGUGAGAAGUGGAGAAGACGCACUUUUAACAUGCGUUGUGUUGGGGACUAGGGGACAACCGGUUCUGUGGAAGAGAGCCAGAGACCUCAAGCUAUUGACAGCUGGUGGAGUGAGAGUGACAAGAGAUGAGAGAGUGCAGGUGUUACACGACGAUUCUGAUAUGCCACUCAAAGGUCCCGGGAUACGGAAGGGUGGUGACGUGUGGGCCCUGGUGAUAAGGUCCGUGAAACCAUCUGACGCAGGUCUCUAUAUGUGUGAACUGAACACCGAGCCCCCAGUGAGGAGUUUUCAUCGUCUUACUGUAAUUUCCCGUGGUCUCACACCGCCUGAGAGCCAGAACUCGACAGAUGCUUACUCAGCGAACGUGCCCACACUGUCAUCACUGGCACUGGCUCACAACUACACUGACUGCUGCCUGAGCGCCAAUGUGAGCACUGCCUGCUUAGGGUUUUGCAGCAUACAGACAAUCCUAGAAGGAACAGGACAGGAUCCGGAAAUAUGCCAGCCAGAUUUUCCCGCUAUAGUAAAAUGUAUGGCCGACGGACGUAACCACGUGCCUUGUUGUGUUCAAGAGCACGUACCGGACAUUUGUCAAGAUGUCUGCCGGGGCGAGUUCACCCCGGUUACCGACAAUAUUAAGACACAUUACUCCUGUGCUACUUACAUGGAAAAAACACUUGCGUGUAUCGUCGAAGGUAUAGAACUCCUCCCAAGUCCACCAGUAGAUGUUGAAGUGGAACCUCUUAAUGAGAAACAGUUAAAUGUGUCGUGGAGUCCGCCUGUCGAAAACGCGGAGACGGUCGUAGAGUACAUGGUAAACGUGACCACACUCAGGUCAUUUGACGCUCACCUCAUCGAUCCUUCUGAGAGUUCGAUGAAGAACGAAACUAAAAUGACUCAAUCGAUGACUCACAAAGUGCAAGCGAACAAAACGUUCCUGAUUCUCAACGAUUUGCUGCCAUUCACUACGUAUGAGAUUACAGUAACUUCGUACAAUAUUCAUGGAUCGAGUCUUCCGAGUUACAUUGUCAGGUCAUUAACACUGACCCCUGGUAAAAUGAAGACCACGCAAGUAGCACCCGCUCCCAAGCUGCCAGAUGUGAGACAGUGCUGCUUGUCGGGCGGUGUCAAGCAUUACAGCUGCGUGGACAACCUGUGCGACCCGACCAACAUAUUUGAAAUCAACGUGGUAGACCUGAUGGUGUGCGCGCCGUGGGCCGGCGUGACGUUCGGCUGCCUCGCUAACGGUCUGGACCACUCGCCGUGCUGCCGCGCGCGCGGCCUGCCCGAGCCCUGCCUGCCGCUCUGCAGCGGAAACAUUACCUUCCUCGACUUCAACCACUUCAAGUGUCUUCGGUACAUGACAUCGUACACCAACUGCCUUCUACAAGGAUACGGCGUCCUCCCGGGGCCACCUUCAAGGUUGCACCUCACCAACAUCGACACGGACUAUGCAGUGGUGCACUGGGCGCCACCAGCGACUCUGGCCGACACAGUGCAAUACUACAACUUAUAUUAUAGGGCACUGAGCGUCGAGGAUGAUUACAGUGUCCUAAAGAAGGUACACUCACCAUUCAUUCUGGAGAAUUUGGAGUCGAACACAGAUUAUGAAAUCUUCGUGGAAGCUGCCAAUGAACACGGUGUUGGAGAAUCCUCGCCGAGACUUAUAUUCAGGACUCAAAGUCAGGUGAUAGAAGAUGAGGUAAUAGACUCCAAUGCGUACAACGUGACAGCUUGCUGUGAACGGGUGCAAUUGGCCGGAGUUUGCAUGCCGUUAUGUUCGUACGAUGCCAAGAUGUCCGACUUGCGGACUCUGGCGCCGCUUUGCGCGCAAGAGUUCCACAAGCUGCUGCGCUGCGGUGCUGGAGGGCGCAACCACGAGGCGUGCUGCGCGCGGCGCGGCGUGCCGGCGGCGUGCCGAGGCGUGUGCGCGGCGGCGCACGCCGGCGGCGUCAACACCUGCGUGCCCUACAUCGGCAACAUCGUGCAGUGCUUCGAGGAAGGUACCGGAAUUCUUCCUGGACCGCCUCGGGAGCUGCACGCGGUUGUGUCAAACGACGGAAAACUAUUCUUGGACUGGGUUCCACCACAAGAUGGCGCUAAUGCCACCUCAUAUACCGUCCACUGGCAACUAGUUGGCAAUAACUCGCAGCCCUACUACUACAACACCCUGCAACUUGACAACAAAUUGAACGUGACAGACACAAUGGCGCGCAUCGUUGACCUGGAACUCAACAGCAUCUACCACGUGUUCGUUGUCGCCGUCAACGAGCACGGCACAUCCUUACCUUCCAGCAUGCUGCUGCUAAACAUUACGGAUAAAGACUCCAAGAAAGAAGUUUCUGGAAUUCCAUCGCCGCCGCAUUCAUUGUCUGUGUCGUCUCACUCAGCAACUUGGUUGACUUUGACCUGGCAACCGCCUCAGUUCUCAAUUCCUGACGAAAAGUUAUCGUACACGUUAUUCUACAAAUCCCCAGCCCAAGUAGGCCAAGGCAAGGUCACAAUGAUAAACACAACUGUACCAGGCCACACCCUGGAGAAAUUAACUCCCAACACCCAGUACGUUGUGUGGGUCAUAGCGCAUGCUGCUGCAGGAGACUCUCUGCCAUCGGAGACGCUGCUCGCUUGGACUGACCCAGCUUACCCUGCUUAUGUUGAGCUCAGUGCUUUUUGUAAUAAUUUCUCAUAUUUAUGA